AAAAACAAAUCGUCAAACGGCGUUCACGGUGUCUGAAAGAAAUACCAAGUCUUUUUUCUGAUUUUAAUAUUUCUGCCAUUACUUAAUUGUUGCAAUUUACGUAAAUUACUUUUCCUAAAGUUCACAAAAAUGGCGAAAUUCAAACUAAAAAAGCCGUCAAAAAGACAACCGGCGAGACUUCGUUACAAAAUAGAGAAAAAAGUCAGAGAUCAUAACAGAAAGCUUAAAAAAGAAGCCAAGAAAAAUCCAAAAUCAAAGAAACCUAAGGCAUUAGUGGUUCCCAAUGUAUGUCCUUUUAAAGAAGACAUAUUAAAAGAAGUUGAAGCUGUUAAAAAGCACAAGGAAGAAGAAAGACAGAAGAGAAAGGAAAUAGCUAAACUGGAAAGACAGAAAAAAAUGGAAGAGAAGAAAAACAGUAAAACCAGUAUGGACAGCUUGGUAGCCAAUGCAGAAGCAAGAGGCAAAGUACAUGAUGCUUUCCAAAGCACUGACAAUGGAAAUGAUGAUGUAGAAUUUGGAAAGAAUAGAAAACAAGAGAAUUCACUUAAAUCCUAUCACAGAGAAUUCAAAAAAGUUAUAUCCGAAGCAGAAGUGAUUUUAGAAAUUGUAGAUGCCAGGGAUCCAUUGGGAACUAGAUGUGUGCAAGUAGAAGAGGCAGUAAGAGAAGCUGGGAAACGUCUUGUCCUUGUUCUGAAUAAAGCUGAUUUGGUACCUCGUGAUAACCUUACGACGUGGCUGAAAUAUUUGCGUCGUUCUGCUCCAGCAGUACCUUUCAAGGCAUCUACUCAGGAUCAGCAACAUAACUUAGGCAGGAAGAAAAUGAAACAUAUAGUUAAGGAAAAAGAAAUGAAAGGUUCAGCUUGUGUAGGUGCAGAGUUGCUGAUGAGCCUUUUAGGCAACUACUGUCGCAACAAGGGUAUUAAGACUUCCAUAACAGUGGGAGUGGUUGGUUUACCUAAUGUCGGCAAGAGUUCUAUUAUCAACAGUCUUAACAGAUCUAAGGCUUGUAAUGUGGGAAGUACUCCCGGUGUAACAAAACAAAUGCAAACAGUCCAGCUGGAUUCCAAAAUAAAAAUUCUGGAUAGUCCCGGCAUUGUUUUCCAUUCGGGCUCCGAUUCUGACGCGUCCGUCGCCCUAAAGAACGCGAUCCGCGUGGGCAGCCUCAAGGAUCCAAUCACCCCCGCCUCGGCCAUACUACAGCGAGCGAACAAGCAGACACUCAUCGAUUUGUAUGCCGUACCAGAAUUUAAUACGCCGCAGGAAUUCUUCGCUAGUCUAGCAUCUCGUAUGGGCAGAUUCAAGAAAGGCGGUGUACCAGAUCAGGAAGCAGCAGCUAGAAUUCUUCUCAACGACUGGAACACGGGAAAAGUGAGAUACUACACAGAACCUCCACAAUCGUCCGAUGCAGAGAUCCACGUGGACGCGAAGAUAGUGAGCGCGGCGGCGCAGGAGUUCGACAUCAACUCGUUCGAGAGCAUGGAGACUGACGCCAUCAAUCUGCUCGCAUCACACGGAACAUCUAUGGAACCCAUGAAGAUAAACAGCACGGGUCCUGUAUCCAUAGACAACAGCAUGCAGGUCGAUGAAGAUGAAUCUGGAAUACUUCCUAAGGCUUUGAACAUAAGGUCAAAACUAGAUAAAAACAACAAAUCCAAUGAACGCGAUAAGUCUGAUCCAGAAAUGCUGAUAGAAGGCAAUACUAAGCAAAAUAAACUUAGAAAAAUGCAAUUCAAGAAGGAUAAAAAGAAAAAGGCGAGGAACGAAAAACAAGCUGUCAGUUUGGCGGGAGUUUUAGAAAACGUUACACUAACAACUUAUAAGAAAAAGGAUGAUUAUGAUUUUAACGAGGAUUUUUCAAUUUAGAUUUUCGAUCAUUUGCUUUGUAUUGACUUUGAAUAUAGAAUGAGAAGUGUUAUUCUUUAUUUAAAGAAAUGUUUUUACUUUAGUCUUAAGAAUAUUUUGAUUGUGGACGAUCAUCAAUGUAAAUAUGAAACAUUAUAGUUUCUUUAAUGUUUAAAAUAUAAUAAACAUAUUAUAUUUUUACGC